AUGUCGGUUCACGGAGUUUUUGUCACAGGUUCGUAUCCUUCUGUUUUUUUCGUUUGGUUGACAAGAUUACAUGAAAGUCUUUCUUUUUUUCUUGAAAAAAAUUCUCAAUUUGACUAAAAAUUUGAGUUCAAAAAAACUGAAAUUUCGAUGAUUCGCAGCUCAAACAACAAAUAUUUACUUGCCCUGGAAGUUAUAUUUAACCAAGUUUUUUUGAGCGCAUAUUGACACUUUUUUUAGUUGACUCUGAAAAAAAUUUAUUUUUCACUGAUUGAAGUUUGAUUAAUUUUUAUCCAGUUUUUCUUGAACGAAUCUAUACCAAAAGGCUCGAUUCACCUGGGAAAACUCAAGGUAAAUUUCGAAAGUUUCUGUGGUCAGUAUACAAAGUCCGUUUUUUGCUCCCAACUUUUUAUGAAUCAUUAAUAUUCGUGACGCAACGAAAUGGACCGUAAAGUCAUCUCUCGUUUUUGGAUUGCACCGCAGAAUUUGGCUCUUUUGGUGGACCGUCCACGUAGAGACAGAGUUUGAGAUAAGGGCUUUCCACUGCGUUUCUUUCCCCACCAUUUUGUACCUUUUUUCGGCGAGUCCUCAAAAGCAGGUCAUUUAAUAAUUCCACCGGGUUAUAACUGAUAAGGGCCUAAGCUCACAAGGUAUCAUUUCGUCUUACUUGACUUUCUCAGACCAGUUAAAACGCCUUAAUGCCUUUUUUGAUAGGAAAAAUGCCUCGCUAUCCUUAGAAUCAGAGUUUUUUGACACUUUGAAGCCGUCUUUUUUCUAUUUUUAUUCAAUUAAAAUUUCGAAAAGGUCUGUAAUUACGAAUUCCAUUGUAGAAGUGGUUUUAUGAAAGCUCAAAAUUUUGAUUAAGAACUUUUUGAAGCAUACACGAUUGACAUAUUGCGUAGUUUCUGAUUUUCAGUUUCAGAGUUUCCAAAAAACCGCUGAAGGUCUAGACAUAAGAGGUUAAACCAAGUUUGAAAAUUUUUAGAAGAUGAUUCCCGUUUUUUUCAAGCUGUGAAACUUCUAAAGUCCCUUCUUUUCGACUUGAAAUGAAAGUUUUUGAAUAAUGUUUCAAGCCCUGGAGAAUGGAUUUAUCAACUUUAGGUAACAACCGGACUCGAGAUGCUAGCAUUGACAUUGAUCGGAGCGGCUCUGGUGGCGUCGGCGUGGGGCCAAGGCGAAGCCGACCUCGUCAAGAACCUCCCAGGACUCCUGUUUCAGACCAAUUUCAAAGUCUACUCUGGCUACGUCGCCGCCAACGACGCCGGCAACUGGCAGAUGCACUACACGUUAGUGAUACAUUGUUUUCAGAUACAGGCUAGGAACCGAAAGUUUUUCUAACUGAAGAGAAGUUAUGCGAAAAUACUUAUAGCUUGUCUAGUAGUUAUCAAAAGCAUAGUCUGAAAAAAAAAAUUAAAAAUUUGGCUUUCUCAUACAGUUUUAAACAACCGUCAUUUAUUUUGUAUAAACCGGUAAAAAUAUAUCCAAAAAUUUUUUUCUCAGGAGUUUCAGUCACGGCGUUUUUGUUAUUGGAAGAAGCUUCCAAACUCCUGUAGUAAAUUUCAUUCCAAUCUAGGCGAAAAAGAGCAUUCAAAAAGGUGGCUUAUCCUAAAACUUUUUUCUCCACUAAUUUCAAAGUUUUGGGAUUCAUUUUUAUCAAGCUCAAGUUUCCCUGACCACUCAGACAAUGGGCUUAUCAUGGAAUCAUUUUUGAUGACUGUCCCUCAUUCUUUAUCAAUUUUGCAAUCAGUCGAAGAGUGCAAAAUGACAGCGACUUCUGUAGAAAAAGACUCGUUUUUUUUUAAAUUUUUUGGAGUUCAGUUCUUUAUUUUUGGUUCAAAUUAGCUUUUCUUUUCAAGACACAUUGUGACCUGCCUGCGCUUUUUUUUCCCUCACCGUCGAGUUUAUCGAAUCAUUAAUAAAGAAAAAAAAACAAGAUUCGCUGAGAGAGAAAAGAAGACGGAGAAGGGAGGGUUUUUUGAAGUCAAUGGUGAAACUUGAGAAUUUUUUUAAAUAUCCGCAAAAAUAUACGAAAAAAAGAUGAAAUUUAACUUGAAGAUCGUGAUCAUUUACGGCGGGGUAACUUUCAAUUACGCCGUAAUUUAAGUUCUACGUCCUUGUAAGGGAGGUCAUAUCCCUUUGCGGUUGGGAUUUUCCUGCAAAUUAGUCAGAACGCCUGUUGAUGUACAAGAAGGAGAUUCUAGAAGUUUCAACCUGCACAACUCCCUCGGUUUUGGGAAAAGACACCUCAAAGUCAAAGAAAAUCCUCAAAAUUAUAAAAUAGACUAUUUUGAGACGUUGGGCCCUUAUUUUUCGAAAACUAGGAAGUUGGACAGGUUCAAACUUUCAGAAUCUUCAUCUGAAUAAAUUGAGAAGUGUUCUGGCUAAUUUUUCAGGAAAUUCCCAUCCGCCAAGGAAAAAUGACCUUCCCUGUUAGGAAUUUUUGUAUGAGUUUCUUCGAAAAAAAUUUCAGGUACUUUACCUAAAAAAAAAUGUUUAGAACUUCAGUUUGAAGGCUACGAUUUUUUGCUUGAAUUUCGGAAUACUUCAGGCUGACCGAAUCGAAAUCCAAUCCGGACAAAGAUCCGCUUCUGGUCUGGUUCAAUGGCGGUCCCGGUUGUUCUUCUCUCGGCGGCCUUUUCGAAGAAUUGGGCCCAUUUUAUGUGAAUUACGAUGGAGCGACGCUCUAUGAAAACCCAUACGCUUGGAAUGCGGUAGGUUUGAGGAAAUUGAAGCUUUUCGUUUGAUUUUUUGUUUUUUUCUGAGAUCCUCCCGCCUCUAGAAAGCCGAAAAUUAUAAACUUUUUCGUUGCUGUGAAGAUUCCAGUAAAAUUUUUCACGGUGACUUGGGGAUUAAACAGAUUUUUCAACUUGAUGUAUAGUUGAAUAUAUUUCAGUUGUUUGUUCCGAAUUCCUAGUAAGAACAAGACGUUUAAGAAAGCCAACGUUUUGUAUUUGGAAUCCCCGAUCGGCGUCGGCUUUUCCUACGACACGAAAACGGCCAAUUUCUCCUCGGCCAACGACGAUCAGACCGCCGCCCAGAACUUCCUCGCUCUCAAGAACUUUUUCUUGAAGUUCGUGACAGUUUUGUCCUUUUCGAAUAUUCAUCACUUGUAACAGCUCCUUACCUAACAAGGGAGCUUUUUUUAAAAUUAAAGUUUGGAUUUUUACAAACGCCGGUUAGAAUAUUUCCUGACGUAUCAACUUAAGAAUCUAAAACUAUUUUUUGAGAGAAAUUGAUGGAAAUACAAAGUAAAAUGACCUUCUUCAUGGAAUUCCAAAGAAAACUUCAGAGCCCAACCGAAAUACGCGAAUCGGCCUUUCUACUUGUCCGGAGAGUCCUAUGCCGGAAUCUACAUCCCGAUGUUGACCGACCUCCUCGUCCAGGCCAUAAACAAUAACACUUUCCCCAACACCAACUUUAAAGUUUUCCAGCUUGGAAAACUGAGUAAAAGUCUUGAUUGAAGGGCUCAGCGAUUGGAAACGGAUUCAUGAACGUGAAAGUUUUGAUGAACGCUCUUGUCCAGUGGAGCGCCUACCACGGCAGGAUUUCUGUUCAGUCAGUUGUUUUCUCGAUCUUAAAAUGAAAUUGAGAUAAUGAUUCAGAGAUUGGAACUACGUCAAGGCCAACUGCUCAAAGGGCGCUGAUGUCGACAGUUUCGAUUUUACGGUGAGGAAAAUUUUUAGGUUCAAAAAAGGCGAUUUUUUUUUUGCUUCAAUAGAGAUAGGGCUUGAAAAAAAGCUCAAAACAGGCGCAAACUAGAGGUCAGCGGCGCUCUGAAGAGACGCCAGAGAAGGAGAGACACUCGCGCUGUCUGUCGUAUAUGUCCUCUCACGCUUAAAAAAUUUUUUUCGGAUUUAUGUAAGAUUCUGUAUGUUUUCUUUAAAAUAAAAUACAUUAGAUGGAUCAUUGUUUAGUCAUAGAGCUGGGAAGUCCAAAAUGAGAGAACUGAGGUGACCUGAAGAGACGCCAGACUACAAGAACAUUCCUUUUUCUCGGGCGUCUCUUAGGACCGCAGCUAUCUCUUGCUUCUUCUUCUCAGCCUUUUUUUUUCGAAGUCUAUUAAAACUUCGGAAGAUGGACUUUUCUCUGAUAAACCGGAAAAAAUAACCGUGAGCGAGAGCAACGAGAGCCGGAAGAGACGCCAGACAACGAGGAUAUUGCUUUUUCUCUGAGGUCUCUUAAGUCGGCAACUAUCUCUUGCUUCUCCUGCUGAACCAAUUUUUUGAAUGCCUAUCAAACAAAUGGUCAGAUCACUGACAAACCACCAAAAUCAACUUGGAACGAGAGAGCAACGAGGGCCUGGAGAGACGCCAGACAACAAGAAUAUUUCUCAUUCUCUGGCGUUCCUUCAGAUCGCAGCUGAUCUCUCGCCUACUUCAUUUUUUUCAAGUUCCACACCUAUUUUCGUUUUUUCUAGCAAUAUACCUACACUCGCAAUGGUAUGGACUAUUUCGGCGAUAAUUCCACCUGCGGAGGCAUUAUUCAGUCGCUCAUUUCACAGAACUACAAUGGAGAUGAAGGGUAAUCUUUUGCUUGAACUUUGAACAAAUAAAUGAGGUUUUUAGGUUCGACCAGUACAAUUUCUAUCAAGAAUGCUACGACAAGUCAGUCUUCCAAGCUCCGCCCCCGCCUAGCGCGCCUGGAAAACGACCGCGGAAUCGCGCCUUCCAAGGAACUUCUUCCCUUAAUUCGAACACCGCUGUGAGCUUUGAAAAGACAAGUAAUGGAAAAAAAGAUGUUCCGUGACCGGAUUUUCUAAAAGUAAUGAUUAUUGAUAUCCUUGCUGUUCAGGAUAGGCUCAUUUUUUUUAAACUGACUUUCAAAAAGUUUUCUUUAUUGAUGCAUAAAACUCAGUGUACUUCAUUCGCCAUGGCUUGAAAUAUUCUGCUUUCUAUGCGCUCUCUUAUCUCUCAAAGACUCUCUUGUGUUUACGUGAUGUUUCGUACGUCUGUGUGAGAGAAAAGAGACGCAGAAACGGACCAUUGAUACAAAAUCUUCGUGAAAACAGAUUUUCUUCCGUUAGGGUCUGCUCAGAUUUUGAAUGUUAAGUUGUCGCUUAAGCUCCGCCCUAAUUGCGUGAUUAACCAAUCAGAGAGCGAGAUUUCCACAUAGCGUUUUGCAGGACGUCACUCAAAAUCUGAAAAAAACUUUAACUUGUAAUCGAUUUCCUCGGACAUUUGCAACGCGAAACGGACGCGAAUCGGACGUGUCGGGGCAUUCCUAGUGACCACUUUGGCAGCUCAAGCCCUCUUUUAGUGAUUCUUAGAAUUGCCCAGAAACGUCCGCAUCACAUCCGUUUCGCGUUACCGAUGUCCCAGUCUACAAUCUUUAAAAAAAAUGUUUAAUUUUGGCUUUUCCUAGCUUUUCUUUUUUUCAUUAUUGCCUCUGAAAGGAUCAAAACCUCUGAAAAAGUAUUCGACGAAAGAGGAAAUUUCACUCUCAUUUCGUGUUUUCUAGGCGCUCGUGAACCGUUUUUCCAAUGACAAUCAAUGGGCCUACUUCUGCUGGAAUGAAGACGCCGUCUAUGCCUAUCUGAAUACUCCCGCUGUUCAAGUUCGUUCCAGAAACAUUCAUUCAUUGAAAAAAAAAAGUGGGGAAGGGACAAUAAUCAUCAUCGUCAUCAGUUUAUUCAUUUUGCAAUUUAUAAAAUCUUUACCAUGGGCAAUCGAUAAGAAAUUGGAUUUUUAUGUCUUUUUUUUCAAACCGCCAUUGAAAAAAAUUUUUCAAAGUUGCUAUGCACCAGAGUUAACAAAAAAAGAACCGAAAGUCAUUUUUCCAGAAAAAAUUCAGAAAUUCCAAACUCAUUUUUUUAGGAUGCAUUGAAUAUUCCGCAAACGUGGCGCCAACAGAACAAUGGUUGGGUGGAUUGCCGGGACAGCAUCUAUAAUUCUUACAAACUGAAGUACGACAAAACCAACGAUUUCUUCAACCGUAUCAUCAAGAACACAAAGGUCAGCUGAUACGAAAAUCGUGUAAGAAGAUUUUUAGAAAGCGUGAAAGUGUUUUACCCGAACAAAAAACUAUUUCUCUUCGAUUUCAAAAGAAUUCGUUGCUUUAUUCUUCUGAUAUGAGCAAUUAGUAAAAGCUCGUUUUUUCGACUCAUUUUUCCUUUAUUUCACCACAAAAAUAAAGAAGAAAAGGCUGGAAGCGAAAGAUCAGUGGCUUAAAGAGACAUCAGAGCAAUAUGAGGGCUCUGACUUCUUUGAGCUCUCCUGAGAACCUCACUGCUUUGUUUAUUUCUGCUUCAUUGAAACCUUUUGUUACCUAACAUUGGCAAAUUCAGACUUUUUACAGCAUUUUAACUGUCCUUGUUAAGGUGCAAAAAAAAAACCAAUAAGCUGCCUUCUUGCCCCUUCCAAUCAGCCUAUUUUGACUUGUUUUUUUUUGCUGUUUUAAACUUACAUUGGACUUUAAAACGUUAGAAAUUUUGAUAGGCUCGAUAAUGGGCGCAAAACGGAAACCUUUCAGCUGCCUUCUUACACCUUUUUUGGGAAUGAUCCAGUGGAUUUAGUUUGAAAAAAGAAAUGAAAGUACUUUUCUUUACAGUCCGACUUCCGUUUCUUGGUCUACAACGGUGACGUCGACACUGUUUGCAACUAUUUGGGCGACGCCAGGCAUAUCGCCCAAGUUGCGAGCGAUAAUGGAUUGACUGUGAGUGAAGAAAAAUUUAAAUAACAUAGAUGAAUAGAAGCGAAAAUUGUUCUGUGAAAAAUUUUUUCGAAAAAAAAUAAAUAAAAUGAACAGAUUUACUUUUUUCUGUCUGGGAAUUAGGCUUUUAAAAAGCGGUAUACCAGUAUAAUCCAGCGCCGCCUCGAAGCAAAAGGAUUUUUCUGUCAAAACAAUGAAACAAACCAAAAGAAAAUAUUCUAGACGAACAAGAGAAAGGCGUGGUUCUACAGCGAUAACCAGCAGUUGGCCGGUUAUUAUCAGACCUACUCCGGAAAAAGUUUGAGCGGAUCCAAAGUUCUUAUCGAUGUGGUCACUGUCAAGGUUUAUAUUAUUAUAGUUCGUUUUAGCGACUUGAAAAAACGGGAUUUCUCUGCGCUCUCCUUGUCUCUAGGAGACCCUCUCAUGUUAACGUGCUAUUUCCAUUUUACUCAUACCUUAACGGAAAGUGAACAGAGAGACGCAGACACUCGAAAACUUUCGAGUCGCGGCGCACGAACUGAAGCACUAUAUAGAUACUUUGAGGAAAGUUGAGAAGUUUUAGGGAGCUGGUCACAUGGUUCCCUAUGACCGAGCUGGACCCUCCGUUCAGAUGAUCACCAACUUCUUGUUCCCCAGUGCCAACGGCAGUGUUGACUAUACCAGUUCCAGCAAUUUCAACACGAAUAUCAAGGUUUGAAAUGAAAGAAAAGAUAUUUCUUGAAAAUCAGAAUGAAGAACACGCUUUUGCGUCUUCGCUUUAAGACCUUUUAUCUGAAGUUUUACGGUAUUCUGGCCAGGAAAAAAAACGUGACAAGCGUGAAGUAGGCUAUAAAAUGGUAAUGGAAGAUAUUUCUCGUAAUUUUUUUUUAAAUUUAUAAAUGAAACGGUGGACCUCAGUGAAAAUUCUCAAACAGGCUAUAAAUCUUUUUCAGUUCGCUGGAAAUUUUAUGUGACUUCUAUAGGGUUUUAAAGUUUUAGUGGCCGGUGGUAUGAAAAAAAGACCAGCGAAAAUUCAAACGGCGACUUUUCCGAUUUUUUCAUUUCGCUAGGGAACUUUCCGACGGCCACUUUUCCGCCGAAUCUUUUUUCGACUUUUUUUCUCGAUGAACUUUUCGUUUUGAAUUGCCUAUAUAAAUUAGGUAGUUUAUUCAUGAUUAAAAACAAAAAAAAAUGUUAAUAUAUGUUUUAUAAACCGAAAAAAAUAUAAGGGAAAAAGUUGGAAAAAGAUUCGGCGGAAAGGUGGCCGUCGGAAAAUUCCCUAGCGAAACGAAAAAAUCGGAAAAGUCGCCGUUCAAAUUUUCGCUGGUCUUUUUUUCACACCACCUAGUGGUCACUGUAGUAGUCGAAUUUUAGGGCCACCAAAGAGGCUAAAAAUUAGUGGCGUGUUCACAAAGUCGUGCUAUUAGCGAGUUCUUGCGGAAAAAACCAACAGUUUCUCAGGACUCCGUGCUCAAAGUUCAUCUGUCAGAUUUAUCCAAAAAUAAGUCUAGUUAGAGAAUUUUUCCAUUGAAGAUUCACGAAAACAAAGCCCCUAUAGUGGCCACUAUAAAGGUGGUUUUAAUGGCCUUUUUUGGUAUCCUCUUCGAGUAGUCCUUUAGGAUUCUUUACAGUGACCACCAAAAAUUUUCCCAGUCUUUCCUGUUCAAUUUCUCUAUUUUUCUCUUUACAGUUGGCCCCGAUGGUUGGCGGAAAUGCGCGGGAUUUGAUGCCUCUUCUUUCUACAGUUUUUGCUGUCCUCCUUGCCAAACUUUUAUUCUGA